AUGAAAUAUCCUCUAUUCAUUGCCGCCGCCGUCAUCGGCCUCCUGACCAGCAUAGGCGACUACUUGUACGCCUACGGAAUGGCUCGACUCCCUGUUUCGACCUCUUCCAUCAUCAUUGCUUCACAGCUUGCUUUCACAGCUGUCUUUGCUUUCCUUCUUGUCCAGCAGAAGUUUGCUGCAUAUUCAGUCAACGCCAUUGUUUUGCUGGCCGUGGGAGCUAGGGUUCUGGCUAUGCACACCAGUAGUGACCAGCCCAAGGGUGAGUCCACCAAGAUGUAUGUUUUGGGGUUCCUCAUGACGCUUGCAGCCGCGGCUUUGUACGGCUUGAUUUUGCCGGUGGUACAGCUGAUGUAUCUCAAGACAAAGCAAGGUCAAAAUCGGAUGAGGGUCAGGUUGAGAAAGCGGCGGCGGCGAGGGUUUUGCAGAGGGAAUGACGAGGAGUUGUUCCCUUUUUGCUUAGAAGAUGUGGACAAAAAUGCCCUUUGA